UUUGACACAAUUCCUAAAUUAAUUAAUUAUUUUUGUAUUAUGUUUAUGCUUGUAAAUAAACAAAAAUUUUUGAAAGUGAUUACUUUAAACACAAUCAUGGACGUUAAUGAAGCCCGAAGAAAUCUAGAACUGGCACUGGGCGACUUAAAACCACAAUAUUUUGCCUUCCUGAGGCAGUGGUUUUUGUUCAAUCCGACCUUAACAAAGGAAGAAUUCGAUUCAAAAGUCAGAAAUCUAUUUUAUAAUGAAGAGCAAAUCAGUUGUCACAAUAAUUUUUUAUUGGGAAUACUAAACAAAGCAAGUUCCACCGCUAAAGUUAAACCAGUAAGGCAGCUGCAUAGCUCGGGUUGUUUUGAACCUGCAGCAUACACAAAGUAUGUCCAUGCAAAAAACCCAGAAACCCUUCCAUCAAAUUUUACAUAUCCAAAGGCAGCCACAGAACUCUUUACACCUUAUAGUGGAUUUAUAUUAUGUAGAAUUAAUAUUGUGGCAUGGGAGUGUGGCAUGGAAAAAGCCGAGGAUGAAGUCACACAGAUAGUUAGUCAUGCUUGCAAGGAUUUUCUUAAAAACAUUAUCACCGCAAUGGUAACAAAAGCCAAAGGAUACAAAAUAAGAGAUGGCAAAUUCCAGUAUGGUUUCAACAUGCCUAUUCCUGAUCCAUUUCUCAGAAACUCCAACAAUAUAGAAGAUGAAACAUUGCAGUCUAAUAUUACAAUUAAUGAAAAUGGCAUUUUGCCUAAGGCCAAAACAUCCUUAGAAAGAACAAUGAGCAAUAGGGCUUUUGCAUAUGCAGCAAGCAAAAAUGUAAAAACUGGAGUAACACUAAGCACCAAGUUGCUUUAUGCCACUAUAAGGGAUAAUCCAACACUAUUGGGACAACAUGGUAUUCACAGUGUGCAAACAUUAAAGCUUAGUUUGCAUGAUUUUGAUGAUCUAACAAGUGAUGAAGAUGAGGAACUAUUUUCGGAUAAUGAGAAUUUUGCGUGAUUCAAAGAAUUGAAGUAAAAAUGAAACAAUACAUUGUUGGAUGCAGAAAAGGUGAUUUUAUUAUAACGAAUUUUGGUUUUAAUCAGACCAAUGGAUGAUCAAAGAACGCCGAUUUUUAAAAAAAAGGAGAGCUAUAGGAUUAUCUUUAAUAAGAAGAAUGCUAAUUUUUUAUAUAAUUUGAUUUAUUAAUAAUUGUAAAAGAAAUUAAGCAAUUACUUA